AUGGAUGAUCUCGCGAGCGUGCUUGCCGCUGCGGGCCUCAAGUCACAAGGCAAGCACACGCCGAUGGUGCCGAAGCGACCCCCAGGGGGAGGCAUGGGCGGAGGCAUGGGGGGAGGGAUGGGAGGAGGCAUGGGGGGAGGCGGAGCACCCAGCUGGGGUGUCGGCGGCGGAGGAAUCGGGGGAGGCCAGAUGGGCGGCAGCGGUGUGGGUUCCGGAUUGGGGGGAGGCACGGGGGGAGGGAUGGGUCGAGGGGUGGCCGGGGGUAUGGGUGGGAGUUCGGCGGGAGGUAUGGGAAAUCUAGGAGGUAUGGGGAAUUUGGGAGGUAUGGGAAACUUGGGGGGUAUGGGGAAUUUGGGAGGCAUGGGAGGAGGAAUGGGAGGAGCAGGAGGAGGCAUGGGAAAUCUAGGAGGUGGGAUGAACAAACCGGCUGCCGGUAUGGGUGGUGGCAUGGGUGGCGGGGGAAGUGGCAGCAUGGGUAGCGGCAUGAGUGCCGGCAUGGGCGGCGCCAUGGGUUCCUUUGGAAAAGGCAUGGCCAGUGGCGGUAGUAGCGGCGGGAGUCGCGGCGCGGGUACCGGCCUUUCCAACAACGCGUUCGCGGGGCUGGGAGUGGCGGAUUUCGGGCUCGGAGGCGGAAGCGGAGCGGGGAGUAAGAGCGGCGCGGGCGCAAGCUCGUCGAGUCGCGGCCAAACCCCCACGAGAUCCGGACAUUCCGGCAGAUCGUCGCCGUCCGUGACCGAGGAUCUCUCGUCAGGCUCUACUGGCGGCGGCGGCGGCGGCGGCGGAGGGGUGGCUGCGACGGCUUCGGCGUUUGACGAGCUGAUGAGCCAGGGGUUCGAGAUGCCGCCUUCGUCGUCGUCCGCGACGUCGUCCGCGAAAGACCGGCGCGAUCCGUCGCCGGUGCCUGCUGCUCACGCGGACGACGAUCUGCUGGCCGGAUUCGGCAGUUCCGCCAAGCCCACGAGCACCGCUGGGGGACUAUUCCCCGAAGAGGGAGGGCCCUCGCCCAUGCCCUCGCACUCCUCCUCCUCUGCUGCGCCCUCUGCUGCUGCUGACCCGUUUGGAGUCGACCCGUUAUUCGGUACAGGUGCCCCUGCCUCUGCUGCUGCUGCUGCUGCUGUUCCCGAUCCUUUUGAUGCGUUUGCCAUGCCUACUGCUGGAAGCGGCUCGGGAGGCUCGGGAUUAGGUAUGGAUGGGGGAGUUCCGACACAGGGCAGCGGUUUGGGAGACCAGGCUUCAGGUCCGGAUAUCGGUCUGGGUGACUUUGAGACGUUCGUGCAGCAGGUUCCCGUACCUGAGGUUCGGGAAGAGCCUCGGGAGGAGGCUCGGAAGGCGAGGAGGGAGGAUAGCGGGGAGGCGAGGGAAAGGGAGAGGGAGAGAGAACAGGCUAAGGAGAGGGAAAGGGAAAGGGAGAAGGAAAUGGAGAGGGAACGACUGAGGGAGAGGGAGGAGCGAGAGAGAGCGAGGAGAGGAAGUGACGGGUCAGCAGGAGGAGCAGGAGGAGCGGGAGCGGCAGGAGUGGGUGGAGAUCGGUGGAUUACGGUUGAUGAGGUUAUUCUUCGAACCAACCCCAGCAGCACCCCUCCUCCGCCCUCCCGCCCACCUCCUGCCACACCCCACCGCCCCCGCUCCAGUGCACCCUCUUAUGCUGCUGCUGGCGGUGGUGGUGCUGGUGGUGGUGGUGGUGAUGGUCCCAUGCCCAGGAAAAUGAGCUUUGAGAAUGCUGGGGAGGGAGGGGCAGCAGGGGCAGGUGGGCGCGGGUCAGGCGGGAGGGGAGGGGAGGAAGCAGGAGGGAGACGGCAGCAGUCGGAGCAGAGAGGGGGAGGGGCAGGUGGAUUGGACGGGUUUGAUGAGUUUGCUGCUGGUGGCAGUGGGAGGGGAGGGGAGGAGGAGGAGGAGAGGGGGGCCCCGCCUAGGAGGCGGAGGGCGGCCAAUGGGGAGUUGCCAGGUGGCGGCUCUUCGAACCUCUCUCGCCCACCCUCCUCUCCUCCUCGCCCCACCCACGUGCAGCAACCAGCGCCGCCAAAGCAGCCUUCUUCAGCCGACGAUUGGGCCGACAUUCUCGGUGUGUUCCUCUCAUUCUUGCAUCCAUCACCACUUCACCAUCAAAAUCCGCAUGUCCCAAUCAUGUUCCCUUCAAUCCCUCAUUCUCUCAAUCCCAUCUGUUCCCUUUCUCUCUCCUUCUCCCUACCUCUGCCCCCACUCCUACUCAUCCGUUUUCCCGUCACGCGUUCCCCUUCACAUGAGCCAGGCGGGGGAGGGGGAGGAGGCGGCGGAGGUGGGGGGGCAGCAGCAGGCGCGCGGGCAGCGGGAGGCAGUCGGCUGGACGAGUUUCAGGAGGUGGAGGGCGAGAGUGAGGAGCGGCGGCAGCUGCGAUACGAACGGUUUCAGCGCCUGCAGGAGAGAGCGGUGAGUGGGGUUGAGGGGCACAGGGAGGGGUGGUUGGGGGGCACAGGGAGGGGUGGUUGGGGGGCACAGGGAGGGGUGGGCCCAUCUCUCCUUCUCAAUACCUCCCAGCUCUCUCUUUCCCCCACCUCCCCCCUUCCAUCAUCUUCCCACCUCUGCUAUCCCCCCCUCCCUCUCUUAAUCUCGUCCACCCUCCCGCACAUUUUUUUUUUUCCGCCCGCCCUUUCCCCACGGUUUCCGUCUCUCUCAUUCAUCGCCCCACAUGCGCUCUUCCUUGCUCCGCCCAACUUCCUCCUUUCUCCCCGCCCCCACCUAGCGUCCUUUCUUCUCGUUCCACUCCUCCACCUCGUCCGCCCCUUUCUCCUCCUCCCUCCCGUCUCCUUACCGACCCCCCUUCCUCCUGUGCACCCUUUAACCCACCCCACCCCCCCUCUUCCCCCGUCCGCUCUCCCCCCUCCUUCCCCCCCGUCCGCCCUUCCCCCCUCCCUUCCCCCCGUCCGCCCUUCCCCCCUCCCUUCCCCCCGUCCGCCCUCCCCCCUCUCCACCAACUGCACCCCGUGGCAGGCAGCAGCGUUGGAUGAGAAGAAGAAGCGAGACAUGGACGUUCUCAAGGAGCAGGAGGACCGACACAAAGCGGGGGAGAUGUUGGAUUUCGAGAUCAAGCGGUGGGCGGCGGGCAAGGAGGGCAACCUGCGUGCUCUCCUCUCCACAUUGCAGUUUGUGCUCUGGCCGGAGUGCAAGUGGGAGCCUGUGGCGCUCACAGACAUCAUCAGUGCGGCAGCAGUGAAGAAGUCGUACCGCAAGGCAGCGCUGUGUGUGCAUCCGGACAAGGUGCAGCAGAAGGGCGCCACAGUGCAGCAAAAGUACAUUGCUGAGGAGGUGUUCGACCUGCUCAAGGAGGCGUUCAACAAGUUCAAUUCCGAGGAGCUGUUUUAA